CAGUCACAUGAUGGUUUGGUGCCGGUUUCACACAGGAAAGGAGUGAAAACACCACAUGAACACAGGACAGAACGUCGGCAAUGGCUAAAGCAAAAGCUUGUGAUUCAGAUAUGGAUGACACAGAAGACGUAGAACACCCCUGGCCACACAUUGAAACUAUGUUUGCCUUACAGUGUGUGAAAAAGAACAGCUAUUUAAUGCGCUGUCAGCUGUGUCUGCCUAAACAAGUGGACAUUUUAGCAUACAAGAACUCAACUUCAAAUUUGAGGAAACACGUCGCGAGGGUUCACCCCAACAAUUUGAUGAGGUAUACAGACUUAAUAGAGUCCCAUAGAAAGUGGAAAUCCUCCUCUUCUGAUGAACCUCCAAUGAAAAAUGCAAAGAUCAUUAAUUCCCUUACUGUUUCUCGGUGGGUAACACAGGGAACACCGGACAAACUUGUACUUAAAUUUAUAUAUGAAGCCAGCCAGCCAUUUUCUCUGGUUGAGACAUCAUCCUUCAAGAAUAUGAUAGAAACCUUGCAACCUCAGUGUACAGUAAUGAUGAGGAAAUCGUUAUGCACUAAAAUACAGGAAGCUGCAAAGAAUAUGAAGAGCAUUAUUAUGAAAAAGUUGAGUGCUGUAAAUCAUGUCGCUACUACAACUGACUGCUGGUCUGCCAGACAAUGUAGUUUCUUGGGUGUCACCUGUCAUUGGAUAGACCAAACCUCUCUAGAGAGGCAUUCAGCUGCAUUGGCUUGUCGACGUGUGAAAGGCUCACACACUUUUGAUGUCCUUGCUGCAGCAUUAGAGGAAAUACAUUCUGAAUACAACAUCAGGGAAAAAGUGACAAGGACAACAACAGACAGUGGCUCGAAUUUCCUGAAGGCCUUUCGGUUAUAUGGUGAACAAAAAGAAGGAAUAGUUGAUGAUGGACAAGAGGAACAAGACUCUAUUCCUGAUGCUGCAUCAGAAGAUGAAAGUGAGUUAGACGUGGACUAUCAAGAUGUGUCUGCUAUUUUGGAUGAUGACCCAGGUCUUGAGUACCAACUUCCAAGGCAUCAAAAGUGUGCAUGCCAUCUCCUAAAUCUCAUAUCAACAGUUGAUGCCACUGCUGCAGGAGAUGACAACGAAACAUACAGGAGGCUGUCUCGGUCUGCUUUUGCAAAAUGUAGCGCUCUGUGGAAUAAAACCAGCAGGUCAGCCAUGGCUUUUGAAACUGUGACACGUGAAUGCAAACUGCAGUUCCUCCAACCCAAUCAGACCCGUUGGAACUCUAUUUUCCUCGCUGUUGAAAAGAUUGUGCGCAUCCAGAGGGAGCAAGGAGAAACAGCAAUUCACAAUGUAUGCACAGCAUUAAAGAUAAAGAUGUUUAAUCCAGCUGAAAUGGGGUUUUUGGCUGAGUAUGUUGCUGUAAUGAAGCCCGUUGCCAUGUCACUUAACGUCCUCCAAGGGGAAUCAUCUGUGCAUAUGGGCUUCCUGCUGCCAACACUUUACCAGUUGCAGGACAAGCUAAAGAAGUUGGAGUCAACUUGCAAAGUGUGUAGACCGCUUGUUGAUGCCCUGCAGGAUGGGAUCCAGAAACAUUUUAGAGACCUCAUGAAAGAACCUGAGCUGAUUGCUGCAGCUAUACUCCUACCAAAAUUCUGAACAUCCUGGACCACAGAGGAGGGCAUCUUACAAGCUGGCCUUAACUACAUUAGAAACCACCUGGACACUGACUCAGAUGAUUCCCGCACAAACAGUGGCAACUCCGAUGAAGAUGACUUCUUUGCAUCAAUGAACUCAGGAAAAUCACAAAUAGGGGAGCUGGAAAGGUACCUUUCAUGUCCAUCCACUGGAGGUAUGGAUCUGUUGCAUUCCUUUCCUAAUAUCAAGAAACUGUCCCUCAAAGUCAGCACUGGUCUUCCAGCUUCUGCAGCAUGUGAAAGACUUUUUAGUCAUGCUUUUCACAGCUAAAAGAUCACAGCUUCACUCCAAGAAUCUUGAGAGCCAACUACUGUUGAAGCUCAACCUUUCACUUCAUUGAGUGAUUUUUUUGGGACAAAGUAUGCAGAAAAACAAAUUUUCACCCAAAACACACCACACUGUUAAUAGACAGAGAUGGACACAGACCCUUUGUAUGUUCAGUCUACUUUGUUGAAUGUUUUUCUGCCUUUAAAACCUAUUGUGCCACUUAGAGGGCAAUUGAUUGAAUAUGAUGUAAUUUGAUGGCAAACAGGAAUAACACACAUAGAAUGUUAUGCAUAUGUCUAUGUAAAGUUUCCAGUGUUCACACACAAUAUUGUUACCGAGGUAUAGAUUUUAAAUUCUUUAUUUUGUGAGAAAAGAAAUUGAAAUAACUAAACUGUUUCACAGUUUUUUAUUGUUAUGGUUUUGUGUUUACUUGUUCUGAAACCUGACAUUCGAGUAAUGUUUGAAUAGUUAAAACACUGUGCGUGUGUUCUUUACUAGGCUCUGGUCUCAAAAGAUUUGUUGUUAAAGACCAUGACAGCCAUGCAGGAGGCAAUGUUUUGAAAAAAAAAAAAAAAAAAAGAG